UUUGACGCCCUUGUUCUCAUCCUCAAGGCACCUUGACAUCCCGUCUUCACGUUCCACUGACGACGGAAUCAUCAUUCAUCCAGCUACCCAACUGGGCUUGAAAUACGUUGACUUCAGCCUCACUGCGUACGGAGUUAGCUAACCAUACCAACAGCCACCUCUACCACCUCACUCUUUUCACACGUUUUCAGCAUCCCAGGCUGGACUGACAGGUUGGCUUGGAAAGAACUUGAGAAGACGGCAGCAUGGCUCCACUUCUACGCCCCAGAUAUAGUUUGCCCAAGGAGAAGUUUUCGGCGUACUUUGGGCCCCUCAAGAGUCAGUCUUACAACGACACCACCUCCGGGCCUCGGGGUGGUGGUGGAAGCCAUCACAGCCUAAGCACAAUAGCUUGGAACCCCUUGGGAACUCUUAUUGCCACUGGUGCUGUUGACAAGACACUUCGUGUCUGGAAUCCCGAGAAGCCCAAUGUCAAAUUUUCAACCGAACUCAAAGGUCAUGCUUCUCCGAUUGAAAAAGUCGCCUUCAACCCUGUCAAGGAUGCUGAACUCUGCAGCGUCAGUAGCGAUGGCGCUGUCAAGAUCUGGGACGUAAGGACAAAGGCAUGUGUCAACGAGGUCAAGGUUUCUGGACACGCCACGUCCCUGGCCUGGGCACCCGAUGGAUCCUCCUUACUCGUUGGUAGCAAGAAUGGUGAUUUGUUCCACAUUCAGCCCUCCCAGUCUUCCAUCAUUUCAACCCACCAUCAACCGGUCGGCACAAACCAGAUGGCUUUCUGUUGGAGUGGUGACAAGGUGUUUCUGCCCACCAACGAAGGAAGGAUACGCAUUUUGUCCUACCCCGACUUUGAACCUGUCCUGCAUGUGAACUACGCCGUCCCCGAGGGCGAGUCGACUGAGUUCACCCUCAAAGGCCAUACAGCAUCUUGCCUAACGGCUGAGCUCUCUCCCACGGGCAAAUACUUGGCAACGGGAGGCGCCGAUUCCAUCAUCUCCUUGUUUGACACCAAAGACUGGAUCUGCCAGCGGACAGUAACCCGCAUGGUUGGGCCGGUCAAAAGCAUAAGCUUCACAUUUGAUGGUAGUUAUGUGGUUGGUGGCUGUGAAGAAGGUGGUAGCUUGGAAGUUACUCAUACCGAGACGGGCGAGCAUGUCCACACCUUCAAGACAGCUGGUACUUGUGAAGCAGUGGCAUGGGCACCUACCAGAUACUGCCUUGCUUACAGUGAUCUAGGCGUACUCCGCAUCAUCGGCGUGGACACGGAUAGAAAGUGAGCAGACUGUACAGAGAGUGAUGCUCUGGAAGUUUUUCACCGCUUAACAGUAGAAUGAGCGUGCUAUGGCACCAUGCAACAGCAAAAGGUCAAGGGUGGUCGUAUUGGCAGCAUACAGCUGAUGGGCUAUGCCAUACCCCGCGUAUGCAACGAGAAGGGUCAAUAGGUGUCCCUUAAUGGGUCCAGCCGGUCUCGGCUGAGUUAAUCCAAAGGAGGCUUUGUUGGGAGGCAUACCGCAACAGGCAGUUACAACGAGGUUCUUCCUACCAAGCGGGAGCUAUGAUAGAAAACCACCGGACCGCCAAACCUCAAUGAUGGAAGAGUCAAGGCAGUUCCGUCAGUGGGAACCAGGGAGAUAUGCAUAUGGGGUUAUGUUCACACCUAGCAAGGCAAGAGAGAACAAAGACAGAUGCCCAGACUACGCCGUGGUUACAGGCCCACUGGGCUUUGGUGAGUUUCGUGAUUCAGAUAGCUGAAGAAUCUUCGUUUCCCUGCUUU